AAAAAAAAAAAAAAAAAAAAAAAAAAAAAAAAAAAAAAUUGCCCAGCACAGUGGAGAACAAAAAAUCAUUCGGAGAUGCUGAAGUUUAUAAGAGGCAAGGGUCAGCAGCCUACGGCUGAGCGUCAAAAGUUGCAAAAAGACCUGUUUGCCUUUCGUAAGACGGUUCAGCAUGGCUUCCCGAACAAACCGACGGCCAUUGCCUGGGACCCGAGUCUACGCUUGAUGAUCAUCGGCACUGCAUCCGGAGCCAUCAAAGUUUUUGGAAGACCAGGCGUCGAGUUUUACGGCCAACAUGCCAGCGAGAGCGGCGAAAUUGCCGUUACCAAAAUCAUCGCUUUGCCCAACGAGGGCCGAGUGGUGUCUCUGUGCGACGACAACUCCCUGCAUUUGUGGGAAAUCAACGAGAACUCGGUCAUCGAGACGAAAUCGCUCUCGUUGGAAGGCAAGCUGAAGAAAAUUUCGGCCAUGUGCCUCGAGUCGAACGGCGAUCACCUCCUGCUCGGCACCGAGGGCGGCAACAUUUAUCUUCUCAACCAUAAAACCUUCACCAUGUCCGAUACCAUUAUUUAUCAGGAUGUCGUCAUGCAAAACGUUCCUAAGGACUUUAAAGUCAAUCCAGGACCCGUUGAGGCGAUAGCCGAACAGCCUGGACAUCCCGAUAAUAUUCUGAUCGGAUACAACCGCGGCCUCAUGGUUCUUUGGAACAAAGCUACUCCCGGCGCUCAACAGACCUUCGUCUCCACGCAGCAGUUGGAGUCGCUGCACUGGGUCUCCGAGUCGCGCUUCGUCUUCUCACACAACGACGGCUCCUACGCCUUUGCUAGCCCCGGCAGCGAGGACCAGCCCGCCCCGAUCACGCCCUACGGACCCUUCCCCUGCAAGGCCAUCACCAAGAUCAUCGUCCAUCCGCUCGACGACCAAGAUGACGAGCUCGUCCUCUUCUCGGGUGGUAUGCAGCGAUCGGUGCACAGCGACCGGCACACCAUCACCGUCAAGCGCGAGGGCGAGAACAAGAAGCACGUCGUCUUUGACUUUACCUCCAAGCUCAUCGAUUUCUUCACCAUACUACCCGGCAAACCGAACCCUCAAAAGGACUCCACCGAUGCUGAGGAAGGCAAACAAGAGGGAGAAGAGAAUGCUGCCAGUAACGCCAAGUCCGGGGCCCAGGCUCCGGAAGCUCUGAUCGUUCUCGCCGAGGAAGAGCUUGUGGCUAUCGACCUUACCGAUCCCGACUGGAAAAUGAUGUCUCUGCCGUAUCUCGUCUCGCUCCACGCCAGUGCCGUGACGUGCUCGCAACACGUGCCCAACGUGCCGGACGAACUGUGGGAGGCCAUCGAGACGGCUGGCAAGGCCCAAACGGAGCACCUCUACUCGGAAAAAUCUUGGCCGAUCGACGGUGGUUUACUACUCUGCCAAAAACCCGGUCAGCCGUCAAAGGCGCGCGAACUGCUGCUCACGGGUCACGAGGACGGAACCGUGCGAUUCUGGAACGCCUCGGAUAUUGCUCUGACUCCCGUCUACAAGUUCAACUCGUCGGUGCUGUUUACGGGUGAACACCUCGACGUGCUGGAGCAACCACCCGAGGACGAUGACGACGAGUGGCCGCCGUUCCGCAAGGUCGGUAGUUUCGAUCCGUACUCGGACGAUCCGCGUCUCGCCGUGAAAAAGGUGCUGCUCUGUCCUCUGUCGGCGACUAUCGUGGUCGCGGGCACGUCGGGCCACGUUAUCACGGCCAAAAUUUCGAGCGAGGCGACGAACAAGGAGAUCAAAAGCGUUACCAUGAACGUAGUCAACGAUCGGGACGGCUUCGCGUGGAAGGGACACGAGCACUUACCGGCGCGCACAGCUAGCAUAUCCUUUGCGGCUGGCUUUCAACCCGAGACCCUUUUGCAGCUGUAUCCACCAGCGGCGGUAACUGCCUUGGCACUCCACAGCGAGUGGGGCUUGCUUGCGGCUGGCACGGCUCACGGCCUCGCUCUUUUUGACUACGUUAGAAAGAAAUCUGUGAGCGUCAAGUGCACCCUCAACCCAAAUGAUCUCUCGGGUGCCGGAGAGCAGAUCAGUAUAAAGAAGUCAUUCAAACUUAGAGCAAACGCUGAAGAAUCGCUGCGGGAAGCUGCAGUAACAGGAUCGCUAAGGCCAGCUUCGAGUACAGCGGAUGUAAAUGGUGGGAGCGCCGGGGGGCCAAUUAGUGAUGACGAUCGUCAGGAUCUCAGCUCAAUCGGAGACAUCACCAUUGACAGCGUCAAGGAUCAUCUUCUUAACAGUUCGCUAUUUAGAAAUGUCAAUUCGUCAGCAGAGGAUCUCAAUAGUAGGCUCGCUGGCUUAAAAAUGGAAGUGACUUCUCGCACAAUGGAAAGCUCGACGCAAAAUCAAUCAGUCGUAGUGAAAACGACAACAGUGAUAUCGCAGCAAGCUUCGACCAAUGGAAUCACAACCAAUGGCGAUGUUGAAACGCAAACGACGCAGCACAACGCCUCCGAACAAUUGAACAGCACCACAGUAGAGAGAGAAAUUCGCAGCGGUACAGAAACAACAACUACACAUGCCACCAUCACGUUACCCCCAAACGUUGAGAUUAGUGCCGCAGAUUUAGCUAAUUUGGAAGUGACGACUACAACUGUUACUACCGAAAAGUCGAAAGCUCCAUUAGCCAGACCUGAAGAAGUCGGAUCAUAAAAUGAAAUAACAAGGACAAAAGACCUAGGGCUCGUGACAACUCGGUCGACCUAAAACCGACUUUCUUAAAAUAGAUUUUUAAGCGUCUAGAUUCGUAUGAAAAACUUCACACACGCUAGUUUUCGAUAAUUAAAGAGAAUGAACUUGACGUAUUAAUGGAAAAUUAUCGAGUGGGAGGAAAAAAAUGACAAGUGUGUGAGGUCAAACUCGAGAGUAAGAUAUAAAUUUAAUAUUUUCCGAUUUUCAUCGUAUAAUAGUCUAAAGCUUACUAAAAUUAUUGUCUUUUUACAUCUCUUCAGCUUUCUUCAUCAAAUACCGAUUAAACUUCAUCAUAAAUUGUUUAUAUGUAUACACAUGUAUAUAUAUAUAUAUGCUUCAUAACAUGAAAUUAUGCUUUGCUUUUGUAGAUGUAAUUAAGUUUUUAAAUAUUGCUUCAAAUAUAAAAAUCAGAUUCACCCGUUAUUUCGAGCAGAUAUUAUUCCCAUAACAAAGUCACGCUUAAUAUCAUAAACUUAUGUAUUUCCAUUAAAUAUAUAUGUAGAAGAAAUAUUAAACGUGAUGGUGUUAAAACUACAUCAGUUUACGCUUAAAAUAUUUGAAUUCAGCAGAUGACUUGAUAUGUAUUCAAAGUUUUAUUUUAAUAAAACUGAAAUAAUAUUCUUAUUGUACCUUAAUGUUGUUAAUUUUAUAAUUAACAAUGCCACUUUUUAUAAAAUAUUUAAGAUGAAAUGGCAUUAAAAUGUCUCAUGUUUAUAUUAAUAAAAGAGGUUGUCAAGGAUGCAUAUAUGAUCACUAUUCUUAUAGUACGUAAUUCGUAUGUGUACUUUUGAAAU